GCUGUUGAUUUGAAAUUCGAAUUACCUGGGUGUCCUGUAUUUUUAUUUGCUAAAUCUGUGCGGGCCUUGGCGAAGCUCCCCAGGAGAACUACUUCACGAUUCUGGAGAUGGUUUUUCUCCUGGAAGACGGAGCGGUGGCGUAUCCAGCCGUCACUGUCAGACUGUCUGUGCCGCGCAGGCCUUGCCCCUCGCAUGAGUGAACAGGGCCCUACCUUCGUUCCCUGCGCGGCCCUGGGCCCUGGCCGGCUCUCUCCGACGCAGUCUUCCCACCUGGGGUCCGUCCUCGGAGCCGUCUGCACCCAGCUCCCUGCAAGACCUCUCUUUGGCUCUGGGCGCAGGCCCUGGCUCUUCUCCGCUGGAGCACUCCAUGCCCAUCACUUCCCCACAGUCGUCCGGUGUCCUAGGGACCCCCUCGCUCCUCCGCCCUCCCCAUCACCCGUGCAGAACCACGUUGCUGUUGAGGAUUUGGUCAUUCAGCAAGAGCUCGUGGGGCGCCAGCACCAUGUCGGGUGCAUGUCAGAAGCCACACCUGUGCUCUGGUCAGGGACACCAGCCACUGUCAUUCGUUCCUCCUCUUGGCCUCUCUGGGGCGUUUGCUGCCCUGUCAGCGUUCACUUUGAAUCACUUUGCUCACUUGGCUUCAGGGCGACCCUCUGCCUGCUCCUUCCGCCCGCUUCUGCCUGUCCCUCCUCUGCCCUCUGUCUGCGUCCCACGGCCCAUCAGCAAAUCCCAGCAGCCCCACGGGCAUGGAUCCAGUCGGGCCGCUCCUGUCCCUGCCCCUGUCCCUGCUCCUGCCCCCGGUUCCUGCUUCCCUGGUGCAGACAAGGCUGUGGCCAUGGCCUGCGGCCCCAUCCCAGCCUCUGCCUCCCUCCCUCCGGUCUGCUCUCUGCCUGGCAGCUGCAGUGGGUCUCUGGGCCAAGGUGAAGGCGGGCAAACCACAGGGUUGGGCCCUGCUCGCCGUGGAGUGUGCUCUCUCUCCUGGCGGGCCGGCAGAGGGUCCUCAGGACUGCGUGGACAUGAGAGUGGAUGUACUCGGCCUGCUGUUUUGCGUUCAUGAGUCAGUUCAAAGCAGCUGGCCUCUAAGACCCCGUAUCUGUGUGCCUGUCUGUCUGUCCUCUAUCUAAUUGCAUUGGCAGGUGGCUGGAGAAGCCGCUGUGGCCACGGCCCGUCCGUUGCCCACCGAGCAGUGGAACUGGGCAUGUUAUAAACAAGCGUCUGGCUGGGUCUCUUGCUCCCUUCCUGCGGGCUUUGUCCUUGUGCCAACUGGCUGUCGCUUACCCUGAUGAUGUGGCUUCAGAAGCACUUGUGGUAUCUGGUGCUCUUGCUUUUUUAACCGAGGACUCUGCCUUUCUCAUGUUUGACGGGC